AUGACGAAAAAAAGAAGGAACAACGGUCAUGCCAACAAGGGCCGCGGUCAUGUGCAGCCUAUUCGCUGCACGAACUUCGCCGGGUUUGUACCCAGGGAUAAGGCCAUUAAGAAGUUUGCCAUUCGGAACACAGUGGAGGCCGCCGCCGUCAGGGACAUUUCCGAAGCGAGUGUCUUCGACAGUUGUGUGCUUCCCAAGCGGUAUGUGGAGCUGCACUACUGUGUGAGUUGUGCCAGUCACAGCAAGGUGGUCAGAGAUCGACCUCGUGAAGCCUGCAAGGACCGAACUCCUCCAUCCCGACUUAGACCUGCUGCUGCUGCCCCUCGACCUCCGCCAAAGCCCAGGGAAGGGGAGCUGGGUCUUAAUGGACUGAAGAAAACUCUCUUGAGAAAGAAAUAAUAAAUUGAAUGUUAUACUUUA